UAGGCAGUUGCCCCAUUCUUACAUUGUAUCACCCCGGCGGCCGGCAUGUGCAGAUGGCUGGGGGCGGCUGCAGGUGAUGUGAGGGGCGGUGAAGGGCUAGCAGCGUCCCCUCCCUGUGUGCACUUUCCCUUUCCCCAUGCGGAAGUGCCGGGACUGCUGCUGCCGCUGCUUUGUGUGUAUGUAUGAGAGAGACAAUGACCGGGGAGCACACACGCUGAGUCUUUAUGUGACCAGCAGACAUGGCCCGGGAUCCCAAAUGGAGAGCUACCCUGCGUACCUACUACUGCCUCAAAUUCUCCCUGUCCUUCUACUCCACCCUCUUCUCGUUAAUAGGACUCUUGAUUUUGUGUAUCGGCAUAUACGCAGAGAGUGAACGUCGGAGAUAUCAGACGUUGGAAGGGAUCUUUCUGGCGCCAGCCAUCAUCUUGCUUCUUCUAGGCAUCCUGAUGUUUGUCGUCUCAUUUAUUGGGAUGGUCGGAUCCUUAAGAGACAACUUACUGCUUCUCAAAAUCUUCUUCUGGGUGCUGCUUAUUAUAUUCAUUAUUGAGCUCCUGCUGAUUGUCAUUGAACUGGUGUGUGAAACUCAGAUGCAGAAAUUUGCACAUGCGAACAUCCUGGUGGGAAUGAGACACUACUAUGAUGAUUUGGAUUUUAAGAAUAUUAUGGAUUUUGUGCAAGAGAAGUUUUCCUGCUGUGGAGGAGACGAAUUUACAGACUGGGAGGUGAAUCCUUAUCAUUCAUGUAACAGCACUGGUCCUCUGUCAUGUGGAGUCCCAUAUACAUGUUGUGUAACUGGAAAGGAGGCUGGUGGAGUAAAGAACACACUGUGUGGUUACCAGACGCUCGAGAAACAGAGACUCGAUGUCAUCCAGAUUAUACACGUGCGAGGAUGUAUCCAUGCUGUGGGCUUGUGGUUAAAUGAUAACUUUGGAGUGACUUUUGGGAUAGCCAUAGCUAUGCUGGCUCCUCAGGCUCUGGGCAUUGUAUUAUCCUAUCUAUUUUGGAAGAAGCUGGAGGAUAUUUGUUAUGACAAGGAUAUGGUGGAUUUCAGAUGUCUGACUAUAAAAGACUUUAAUUUCAAGGAGUUGGACCUGAGUGGAGCGGGCUGCUGUCUCUGCUUACCGAGGGAGGAUGGCUACCUGCCAGUCAAUGUGGAAAGUGAUGAUGAAGGGUAGCCAAUUAUCCAGCAGUGUAUCCAGAGCCCUUGGGGAGAAUGUAACUGCAUACCCACUCAGCAGUGAUUUUUAACAUCUCGGGCUACCAAACCUUAUUGCAAUGCAUUAUGCUCAUGGUAAAGGGCUUUGCUAUUAUUAGGAAUAUAUUUUUUUUUUUUAAAGGAAAAUUCCUACUGCAAUAAAAAGGCAGCAACGUGACAUUUGCAUAGGACCAACACCUGAUACAAUGUUUACAUUUUUGUCUAUUAAAUUGUGUAUUUGUUUAAGUAGGGAAACUCCUGAAAGUGCAGCUUGUCCCUAUAAGGUCUUUCUUUAUAGUAGGAUUUAAUCGCUUUGCGGGAAAGUAAUCUGCUUCUCUUUUUUUUUUUUAAGAUGAAAUGCACUUGGUUUUCUAAGUAACUUGUAUGUACUGCAGUAGACCCAGAGGAACGGAGGUUUCAAGCCUUCUGCUACCUAUGGAUACUGCUUGUGUGUUGGGGAUGGGCACCCCACCGCAUCAAAAUGUUAAUCAGGAUUGGCCAGGGCAAUCAGUAGUAGCAGUGUAUCCCUGGCCAAAGAGAAUGUCCCAGGAUUGAUUGUGAGCACUAUGAUUGGCUCACAUCUUAAGCAGGCCAAACACCUAAAGAUUUAUU